CAUCCGUCCGCGUGCUAGCAACAUAUCAGUGGGAUAAGUCACAUGACAGCAGAUUCCGGGCACUGAUUGGUUAGGAUGAGCAGAGGGCGUGUCGACGGUGGCGGCGUGCGUUUGCCUGUGUGACACAAUUACAACAACUUUGAUCCGAUGGUUUGGGAAGUUUGCUAUAUCAUUAAAUAACACUCACUCUUUAAACCCAACAUUACAUCAACUUCAUGCAUAAACUGGCACUGGAAUACAUGCUGUGUUUUGAUGUACAAUGAGGAGUGUGAAAGGUAACUUGAAGGGAUAAUUUCCUUGAGGAUUUGGCAAGAAUCACGCUACGCCCCGUUUUAGUCCUGGAUAGCUGUGCAGCACUUUCGUUGUUAUUGCAUUUUUCCGGAGUUGCUCGGUCCCGUCGAUCUUCCCAUUUCAUAUCUAUGAAAUCGUGCGGAGUGUCGCUCACCGCCGCUGCCUCAGCUGCUGCCCGGAGUCUCGGCGUUGCUGGUAAUGACGAGGAGAAAAUGGCGUCGGGAAAAGCGACUGAAAUCGAAGAGGACUUUCCGAAGCUAACAGCGCAAGAGAAAGAAAGCUUGGUUGGAAUUGACAGUUCACUGUUUGGAUUUCAUAGCCUUCAAGAAGAUGGCGCCAGAACGAAGGCCUUGCUGUUAAAGGCUGUUAGCUACUAUGAUGCUCUCAUCCUAAAAGCAGAGGGGAAAGUGGACCCUGACAUUUUCUGUCAGCUGGGCCACUUCAACCUCCUGCUGGAGGACUAUGAAAAAGCAUUAUCUGCAUACCAGAGGUACUUCAGUUUACAGCCAGACUACUGGAAGAAUGCUGCCUUUUUAUAUGGACUUGGCAUGGUGUACUUCCAUUACAACGCAUUUCAGUGGGCAAUCAAAGCAUUCCAGGAGGUGCUUUACAUUGACCCCAGCUUCUCAAGAGCUAAAGAGAUUCAUCUGAGGCUGGGACUCAUGUUUAAAGUCAACACAGACUACGAGUCAAGCUUAAAGCAUUUUCAGCUGGCUUUGAUCGACUCCAAUCUCUGCACUUUGUCCAAAGCUGAAAUUCAGUUCCACAUUGCUCAUUUGUAUGAGAUCCAGAAGAAAUAUAGAGCGGCGAAAGAAACGUAUGAAAGUCUGUUGCAGACAGAAAAUCUUCCUGCACAGGUGAAGGCGACUACACUGCAACAACUUGGCUGGAUGCAUCACACAGUGGAGCAGCAGGGGGAUAAAGGCACCAAGGACAGCUAUGCCAUCCAGUGUCUGCAGAAGUCCUUAGAAGCAGACCCAAACUCUGGCCAGUCCUGGUACUUUCUAGGGAGGUGCUACUCCAGUAUUGGGAAGGUACAGGAUGCCUUCAUCUCAUACCGUCAGUCCAUUGACAAGUCGGAGGCCAGCGCUGACACCUGGUGCUCCAUAGGGGUGCUCUACCAGCAGCAGAACCAGCCUAUGGACGCACUGCAGGCCUACAUCUGCGCUGUUCAGCUGGACCACAGCCAUGCCGCUGCCUGGAUGGACCUGGGCACCCUCUACGAAUCCUGUGGCCAGCCGCACGAUGCUAUCAAGUGCUACAUCAAUGCUACACGCGGCAAGGCCUGCCUCAACACUGCUGUACUCACACAACGCAUCAAGCUACUGCAGGCUCAGUUGUGUAACCUACAGCCAGGUAGUCUGCAGAAUAAGAGUAAAAUGCAGGGGGCCUUGAACACUGCACAGGCACAGCAGGCCUGUAAGGGGGAGGGAGGCCAGUCCACCAGUAAUCACACAGACCCACAGGCCAGUCCAGCCAAGAGGAAACGUACUGCCAGUCCAGCAAAGAGUGCUGCAGAUGUGUCAGCAAACAGCCCCAAUCAGCAGCAGGUCCCCAGCUGGUACCUAACGCCACAAAAGCUUCAGCAGCUGGAUCACUUGCGGACUAACCGAGCAAACCUCAGGCCUCCCCAGGUUCAGAUGUUGGAGCAGCUGGAGAACCAGUUCUCUCUGAUGCAGCAGCAGAUGAAGCAGCAGGCAGCAGCAGGUGGCCGGCUGCAGCCCAGCCUUCCCAAUGGUCCCUUGGCUGAGGCCCCCCAGCACCAUGCAGGCCUCUCCCCCCUCAAUCACACAGCCAUUCGGCCCCCAUGUGUCACCCAACCCACAGCCAAUGGAUCCUGUUCUUCAAGUCCUUCAUCAGGGUUGUUGGGACACCUGGGCAGUACCCACACCCUGGGACUGGGAGGUGGUGGCGUGAGCAACGGAAAUGUGCCUUAUCCACAGCAGAACUCUCUACCUCACAACUGCACAGCCACCAGCUGCCCCAGCACCAGCAGCACUACCAGUAGUCCUAGUCAGGCAGACGAGACAUGGAGGAAUCAACAGCGCCACACUACGACUCAGGGACUUCAAAAGGGUCCAGGUUCACAUUCGGCAGGCCCUAAUGGAGAACCCCCUUUCUCUUCCUCCUCCUCUCCUCAGACCUCAUUCUCUUCCUCUGGCAUUCUGAAUCAGGUUGGACAUUCCACUGGGCCCUGCACUGCCUCCUCCUCAGCCUCCUCCUUAUCCCCCACCUCUCCUCAGUCCACGCCCAACCACUUGUCCUCGCCUCCCCACUCUGCUACUACCUCAGGGGUCCACACCAAAGACACCGCGCCUUCAGGGGGCAACAAUGGCAGCAGUGGUGCAGCUGUAACUUUGCCAUCAGGUCCAGAGACUGCAGUCGGGCAUUCCACAGGGACACCCCUUAGUCCCACCACCACCUCCGCGCAGGGAUUGAUUAAUCAUGUCCAGCCGCGGGUAAAUGACAGCUCUGCUAGUCUGUCUCAGCCUGGCUCUCCUGCCUCUUGUGCGCUCAGUUCAGACAAUCCUAAGCUCUCGGACUUGCUAAAGGGAAAAGCCAAUACUACUAGUAACGAUGAUAACAAUAACUACAGUAACCAUGGAGGACCUUCCUCAGAGAAAAUCAACAACAUCCACCCAGGUCUCUAUGGUGCCGCCAAGUCAACAUCGGAGCACUCAGUGGCAUCCUCGUCACUUUCAGCCAUUGCAGCGCCGUCUCCCUGCUCAGCAGAACCUCGCACCACCAACAGCUUCUCCUGCCUUAACAGCCCGUCCAACCGCCAGGUGCCCACUCUCAAUGGAAAGGGGCUGGAGGACUCUCGGAGUCCACUGAAGGUGGAGCCUUCUGGAGGAGCUCGGAGACACGUGGCCCCUGCUGGUCUGUCACCCUGGUCCUCGGUUUCCAUUUACCCCAGCUCCACUGAAGUGCUCAAAGCAUGCAGGAACCUGGGGAAGAACGGCCUGUCGACGAGCAGCAUCCUGCUGGACAAGUGUCCCCCACCACGUCCCCCUCCCCCACCCUCUCCUCCACUGCCAAAGGACAAACUCAACCCUCCCACACCCAGUAUUUAUCUUGAAAACAAGAGGGAUGCCUUCUUUCCUCCUCUUCAACAGUUCUGCACCAACCCUGCCAACCCAGUCACUGUCAUCAGAGGACUGGCUGGAGCACUCAAACUAGGUGAGAGGCUGAACACCUGCUCGACGUUGGUGGAGGCCAACCCAGACCAUCUGGUAGAGGUGCGGACCCAGUUGGCUCAGCCCACUGAUGAGAACUGGGACCCCAGCGGCAGCAGAAAGAUGUGGCGCUGCGAGAGCAGCCGCUCCCAUACCACCAUCAUCAGAUACGCCCAGUACCAGGCCUCGUCCUUCCAGGACUCUCUGCGGGAGGAGAAUGAGAAGAAGAAGGAGAUGGAAGCGGAGGCAGGUUCCUCAGACAGUGCGAUGCGACGAAGGAAAGGCCCUUUUAAACACAUCAAGUUUGGCACCAACAUCGAGCUCUCUGAUGAAAAGAAAUGGAAACUGCAGCUGCAGGAGCUGGCUAAGCUGCCAGCUUUUGCCCGGGUGGUGUCAGCCGGUAACCUGCUCAGCCAUGUAGGACACACCAUACUGGGCAUGAACACUGUGCAGCUCUACAUGAAGGUACCGGGGAGCAGGACGCCAGGUCAUCAGGAAAACAACAACUUCUGUUCAGUCAACAUCAACAUCGGCCCUGGCGACUGUGAGUGGUUUGCGGUGCCUGAGCUGUACUGGGGCGUCAUCAAUGACUUCUGUGAAAAGAACAACAUCAACUUCCUGAUGGGUUCCUGGUGGCCCAACCUGGAGGACCUGUACGAGACUAACGUGCCUGUUUAUCGCUUCAUCCAGCGACCUGGAGACUUGGUGUGGCUCAACACAGGCACCAUCCACUGGGUUCAGGCCAUCGGCUGGUGCAACAACAUUGCGUGGAAUGUCGGACCCCUCACAGCUCAUCAGUACAAGCUGGCCGUGGAGCGCUACGAGUGGAACAAGCUGCAGAGUGUUAAAUCUAUCGUUCCCAUGAUCCACCUCUCCUGGAAUAUGGCCAGGAACAUCAAAGUUUCGGACCACAAGCUCUUUGAGAUGAUCAAGUAUUGUUUGUUACGGACUCUGAAGCAGUGUCAGAUGCAGCGGGAACUGCUGCUGGCUGCUGGGAAGGAGCUGGUGUGGCACGGGAGGACCCAGAACGAGCCGGCACACUACUGCAGCAUCUGUGAAGUGGAGGUGUUUGACCUGCUGUUUGUAACCACUGAGAGCAACAGCAGGAAAACGUAUGUGGUGCAGUGCCAGGACUGUGCUCGUAGGGCGAGCACCAACCUGGACAGCUUUGUGGUGCUAGAGCAGUACAAGGUCGAGGACCUGAUGCAGGUCUAUGACCAGUUCACUCUUGCGAGUCCUCUGCCUUCCUCCUCUUGAUGCUAACACUCGCAUACUUCUGAGGACAGUUAGAACCACAGUGGACUUAAUCAGAAGCUCUCCGGAAACCUUUUAUUUUUUUUUUCUGAUAUUCAGGAAGUAAGCCGGCAGUCCUCCAACUGCGCUCUGUAGCUAAGGCAGCUGUGUGAAAGCUGUGUGUCUAUGCAACCUGCCCAGAGUGGUGUGCCUCCCCCCAGUGGACGGGAGGGGGAUGGCAGCCCCUCCUGUAAUGACCAGACUGUUCUACUGCUGGCCCAGCUGGACUUCAUUAGAAAACACACACAAAAUCCCACAGAUAAACAGUGAGGUAACAUUUUGUACAUAUUAUGUUUCAGCUGGCAACACGGUCACACAGAGACUACUGACGUGAUAGUUUGGUUUUUCCAUUUUUGUAAUCUGUUUGUGCUUUGACAUGGCAGCGUCGUUGCCUUCCCCUCCAUGAGAUGAGUCAUUAGCAUACCUGGUCAUCUGUACGUUGGACACCUCCUCGGUCAGGACAACAAGAGAAAACUGUUUUGUAACAUGAAAAGUUGAGCGACACAUUGUUUGCAACAUUUCCCGUUUUUUAAAAGAUCAGUUGAACCUAGUUUUGCUGGAACUAAAACGAGUCUCCGGUUACUUUACGGUGCGAGAGAGGAAACUGUUUGUACACAACAGCCAGGUUGGAGAGACAAAGGGUUGCACAUAGACAAGAGUGAACUUUAAUUUGUUUUUUAUUUAGAUGUAAAUUUACACUAUUUAUAAAUGCAUAUUUAUUGCUUGAAAAUAUUUGUUGAUGGAAUGCUGUAAUUUUUUCCAGAAUACCUGCCAUUAAAUUUGAAGGAGCCUUGUGAUUUGAAGCUCGGCCCCUCUUACGUUUUCUAUAUAAAUACAACUGCUUAGUAAGCAUUGUACAGAGACCAUACCUGGAAAUGGGUUUAUUGUUUGAAGGAUGUUUUAUGCGUCAAUAAACAAAACUGUCUUUAUUUAAA